GAGGAAAUGGCGGUCGGGUGUUUGCUUUUAGAUGAGUCAGUUAUGUUCCACCGAACCAGUGAAGACGGUUAAGUUUAUUCUAUUCCCGUGGUAGCCUUCAGUAGCUACGCUGUUGGUGGAGAAAAAACUUGGUGGUCUGAAUACAUCUGCUUACACUUUUGGGCCGUUAUUUUUGUCAUUGUUAUUCCGUUUUGGUUUUGAGACGACAUCGUUAGAACAUUUUGUUAGAUUUUUCUGAAUAUGAAGAUCUCAAAGCUGAGUUUAUAACCUCAUACAAGACUUGGAAAAUAGUGAUAGAGAGACAACAAACUUGGCAAUAUAUUGGCAUUUGACACACCGAAAUUAAAACCAGCGAAGAAUUUGUGAAAAGACGGUGGAAGACAAAAAAAAUAAAGUAAGAGCAAAUCAAAGGCAAUGGAACUGAUCAACGCCGCAAAACCCGUUACAAAGGGACGGCGGAAUAUAAGAAAAAGACAAUUAAGAACAAUGAAGUGCAGAAAACCAGGAAAAAGUAAAGGAAACAGGAAAAGAAGAGUCAGCGCAGGAGCCGUUCCAAAGGCUGACCGCCACUACGCGAGGAGAGGAGGAACAACAACAAACCAAAAUGUGGCUCUUGCGUUCCCUGUUGUGCCCAGCUUGAUCGUGCACGCAUUUUCCACAUGAUAAGACCUAGUUGAAGUUCCCUGAAAAAUGGUUGGAGGGUCCGGAGGUGAUAGAGAAGAUGCAGGUAUCGGAGGAAGGAUUCACCGAGAGUACCGUGGGGGAGGAGGAAGAGGAAGUGGACGUUACCGUCGUGGUUUGUCCCACCACCGUCCUCUCCCUCCAGGGGAACGAAGAGGUAUGGUGGAGCAAGGGCUUCCACCAGAAGAAGAGUCUCAGAAGGUGCACUCAGACAAAGUUGAUGUGAUGAAACAUCGCCCUCAUAAAGAUGUUAACAGAGGGUUCAGUGAAGAUUCAAGAAUAUCUAAGCAGCUACGGAGACUGGUACGGGAAGAUGACUCAGAGCGAUACUUGGCUCAGGUUCAACAGCUUCAGGAGUCUAUAAUGCUUAAUGAAAAUGUUAAGUAUGUCCGUCGGAAUGCUGACCAUAUUUUGGAGGCACUGUUUGAAAUCCUUCAUGCUGCUCCCUCGCCCCCUUGCCGCUGGGAAAUAACAAAAUGCAUUGGACGUGUUGGUCAUGUUAUGGAGGGAGACAUAAAGAGGUUUGUGGAUGCAACCCUGGACCGACUUGACAUGUGGAAAGCACCUGAAAUGAAGGUGCUGGUGUUAAGGUGUAUCCUGGAAAUGCUGCAACUUGACUCUGAUAAAACACAGCUUAAUCAGGUUGGAGAAAAAAUUGUGGAGGGCCUACAGGGUAUAUUAGAAGGAACUGAAACACCUGAAGUUAUGGUUGCCACAGUUGAUGUUUUGAGGGAGCUGAACCUGACCCACAGCCACGUCCUCAACAACUACUUCCAGGAUGUUGUGGACAUAUUGGUUGGGUGGCACAUUGACCACCACCAGUCUCCUGAGGUGAUGAAGUAUGUGUCUCUGGCACUGCAGAGUUUCUCUCCACUGUGGCAAAUUAAUGUCUCUAUUGCUACAACACUUCUUUCCCAGUUUGUUGAAGACAUGGAAGAUUAUUGUGAGGAUUUAGACCGAGGCCGGUCUUCGCCAGAUGAGGAGCCAGCGACUCAUCCAGCAGUGUGUGCCAAAAAAGUGGCAGCAUUUAUUAGUGUCUUCACCACUGUCCUGCGAUGCCUUGAGCCACAAAUAACUCACGCUGGAAGUCCUGUUUUGUCCCCUAAUUUUUUAGUAGAAUCUCUUGGAAAGAUGAUUGCAGGAGCUGAAAAAAUACUGCACCAUUAUUGGGAAGAAGCAUUGAUUGAUGCACUUAACCAGGUGUGCUUGGUCCUCAUCCCCUAUUGUCAGAAUAUAUCAGAUCUACAGGUUCACUUCUGUCAUGUGGUGGAUAUACAACAGAACCUUGUGGAGCACUAUGGCUUUACAACAAUGCUGUCAUACCUCACACUGCUGACCCAGAUGCUGAAACAAAUAGGAAGCAGUUUACCUGUGGAAUUCAUUCAGAAGAUACUGGAAAAAGACUCUCCCUUGCGCAAGUUACGUGUGUCUCCUCACCAGUCAGUGUGGAAGGCAACCCUUGGGGUGUACCAUGCCGUGCUGGCCCUGAAGAAUGUGCCUUUGUUACAGGAAGCAUACAACUACAUUUUAGCUGAUAUUCAGCUUCUCCAUCACACCCUAGUACCAAAGACAAGAGAUUUUACCACAGCCACUGUACUAGAAGGUGUUUCGUACACAGAGAACGAAGCAAUUAUCUUACUUAUGUAUUACAUGACUGUCCUAGCUGAGGUUGCAAACACUAGAAACUCCAUCAUAACAAUGUGGGCCUUGAAUCCCCCGCUGGUUGACCUUCUGGCCACUCACCUCACCCCUGCCAGCCCUCACCUUGCUCUGCAUUACCCUGAGGUCCAGCACACUAUAUUGUAUCUCCUGCAUUCCCAUUGUGCCAAACACUUCCACUACAUCAGUUCCAGUACACUUGUUGUUGGAGCCUCAACACCAUUUGUACCGCCUAGUGUAUCACCUGCUUUCUCUGGUGGUUCUGGAAGUUUCGCUGGGUCUUCUUCCAGUGAAAAUUUUGCUACCAUACUAUCAACACUUACUGCUAUUUUUCGUCAGAGACAUGUAACUGGGGCCAACAUUCUUCAGCUGUGUCUGAAAUGGGCAACAGACAUGGUGCAAAGUGGGGAGGCAUCCCUGCCUCAGCUGGUGAAAAUAAAUCAUUUUUCAUCAAUGAUUGAUGCCAUAGUACAGACUGGGUAUCACCACUUCACCUCUGUAACUUCAGCAGUGGCCGCUUUCUUGUCAACAUUUUUUUCUCUGUUAUCCCCAACUCAGUUGCAGAAAUUGGAUGAAGUGAUUAAUCUGUGCCUCCAUCAUGUGAGCCACAAAGACAACAAAAUCCGAAGUGUUUAUCUGGACUUGCUGGCCAAGAUUCCCCUCAGCUCUGUCUCUCAUGCUCUCUGUACUGCCCACCGGUGUGAUGAUAGUGAAUAUACAGCAAACAAGAAUGACUCAUCAAGUGUGGAGAUUGGUAGUCUUGACUCCACCUCAGUCAGGAGUCUUGAGAGACACUUUGUAUUGCGCUUAACAUCUGGACAGCUGCCUUCUAAUGCUUUCCAUACACUCAUGGAAUUCAUACUUCAUGUGGCCCAACCUAAAGGAGAAAACUGGAUGGAUGACCUCUUUUCUAUGUGCCAAAGAGUAGAUAGAAUGACUAAGGCAGAGGAUUGGAGCCUGCCUGUGUUGGCCUCACACCUACGCACACUGUUGUGGAAGUGGCUUGCCUGGGAGCCAGCACAACACUGCAUUGCCAACAAACUGAGAACAACACUUGGGAAACCUCAAGACACUUUUACCAAUAUUGAAGGAGUGAUCAAAAGAAGAGCUAAAGAGGUCCGAGAAUGCGGUCAAGAUGUAGAUAAACAUAAUGUCAGCAGCACAGAUGAUGACAAGACAAGCACCAAAACUGGCAGUGAGACUGGCAAAUGUGACACUGAGAGCAACAUAAAAGUGCACUCUUUGGCCGUGAUGUUGCUGGUGGAGUUUGUGGAAAGUCUGGAGAAGGCAAUGUUCAAUGCCAGUGAUGGAUGUGCAGUGGCAGUCUCUCCUCCUAACAAGAGUGUGAGAGUCUUCUUCCGAACAAACCGCCAAACUUGUACAGAGUGGCUCAGUCGCAUACGUGCUGCUGUUAUAAUAGUUUCCCUCAACUGUGGGCGUCCCGAAGUGGCUGUGAGACACUCUUAUAAACUCCUUCAAGAACUUAAGGAUAGCAACAAUACACAGGGAAUUGACUUUGAGCGGGCUGUCUGUUACUGUGCCCAAGCUCUGGUGGCAGAGGGCAGUGAAGAGGGUGUGGCGGGGCUCUACUACUGGUGCCGAGACCAUGUUGGCCGACGUUUUGGGUGGCUCAAGCCAGCCAUCCAUAGUGCUGGCAACAAGUAUGAGAAAUCCCUGAGAGAUUAUUUGCAAUAUGUAGAUGGUACUGAUGAAAUGGAAGAUUCUGAGAAGGAAAGAAAAGUUGAGACAGAAUCUGAACCUCUAAAUGUGAGUGUCAGCCAGACAGACACCAAACAGCUGGAUCCUCUUAUUCAGGAAUUCAUACAUUUUCAGGUUUCUGAAUGCUAUGGUAAACUCAGCCAGUGGGAAGAGUUGCAGAAGUGGAUGUUGCACAUACACAACCAGAAAGAUGCUGAAGGAACAGGAACUCAUUCUGGUCUCCUCAACAGUUAUGGGAACCUUGCACAUGUUCAAGCUCUGGCUCACUUUGAUUCAGGAGAUCUUGCUGGAGUUACUUCAAGUCUGACUAAUUCGUUGGAAUCUGUGGAUUGGUCUAAGGGUCAGAACUGGAUUCUGUGGAAAAGAUUUCAAGAUAUGAAUGUAGUAUUACUUCAUUCUCUCACAUCAUUAGUGUGUCAACAGCCAUUUUCGUCGAGGGAUGCAAUGUCAAAGCUUGUUUCUGAUUCUCAGAGUGAAGUUGAGUGGUUGUUACAGUUGUCCACUUUAUCUUCACAUUCUACAAUGCAUCUUCACCUUCUGUUAUUCCAUCAAGUCAUUCAAGAGAUUCAGAUUGUUUUGAAUGAAAAUAACUGUGGAGUUGGUCGUAUACAGGAAGGGUGGGAGCUCACAAACCUUUUGAGUCUUCCUGCAGAUUUCAUCCCUCAUGUUUCUCGAUGGGCCAAGCUUAUUGCAAGAAUGAAUGUUAAUAUUACUCCAACUUCAAUCAUAAAAUUAGAUCUCUUGUCAGCUAAACAGGCUCGCAAGCAAGAAAACAUGGAAUUGUCAGAGAGGACUCUCAAAAGAUUAUUAGGUAGUGUUAGUUCUAGUUUGUCUGAGGCAGUGUUUGAAAUGACACCUGGUUCUGAGUACAACACAUUGCAGGCAAAGUUACACAGAGAAGCAGCAAAAAUUUUAGCUUGCAAAGGACAGAUUGUCCAAGGAUGUGAAGUACUCUCAGGAGCUGUGAUGGGUUUAAAUCCCAGCCUUGCAGCUCUAGCUGCCACAGACACUACUCUCCUCACUCUGCCACCAAAUGAGGCCGGUCACCUCUGUGCCCGCUCCAUAAUUACCACAUUCAAAUGGUGGUCUUUGGAUGAAAGAAGACAGCUCAUGGUAACUGGUGAAGCAACCAUCACACCUCCUUGGAUGGAGAAGUUGAUUACUGUAUAUGAAGAGAUGAAGACAUUUGCUCCUGAAGAACUUCAACCAUUGGCUGAAGUAAGCCACUCUAUGCUACCACCUUUUGAGAACAAAAUGGGGAACAUCCUUACUUUGGCAGCCACACAGUGUCCUACACUGCCAAAAGUUUGGUUUCAUAUUGCAUCAUGGUGUUUUCGCUGGGGAAGAAGAAUUCUUGAAAAUACUGACAUCAGCGAUAAUCAUAUUUCUGAUGCUGACCAGAAAAAAGUAAAAGAAAUUCUUUCUUUAGGGUUUGGAGAUGAAACAUCUGAUAUCCAGCUCAAAGUUGAAGAAAUGUGUUCCCUUCUCAGAAACUGGAAACCAGGGCAAGGUGCAGAAGAAGAAGAUGAAAUUCUCAAACUAGAAGAGGUUCAGGGAACGUAUCAAGUCGGUACUCACAUAAUUUCUCUUCUUCAGUCAUGGGGAUUGCCUAACAACAUGGUGACAAACAUAAGUUCACAAUUAGUAGAAGUCCAUCAGACUAUACAGGAAAGACACUACACUGUUCUUAUUGCUGCUGCCAGAGCAUAUUUCAGGUUUCUUAAGAUCAGUCAUGGACGCUCUGUCAGUCAGAUGGACCAGUGUAUCAUUGCAACUCUGCGUCUGCUGCGUCUGAUGGUAAAACACGCUUCUGAACUGAGGGAAGUCCUUGAGAAGGGUCUUUCGGAAACACCCACACAACCAUGGAAAACCAUAAUUCCACAGUUGUUUGCUCGCUUAAAUCACCCUGAACCUUACGUGAGAGGGAGCAUCUCAGAAUUGUUAUGCCGUCUAGCAGGAGACUUCCCUCAUCUUAUAGUGUUUCCAGCUGUUGUGGGAUCUGCCGGAGGGAAUGUUGCAGGGAACCAGGCAUCCCUAACUGACAUGCUGGCCAAAUACCUACAUAAAGGACAGCAGAGGAGAAAGAUGAAGCAAACCCUUGGGGAUGAAGAUGAUGAAGAGGAGGAAGAUGAGGAAGAAGAGGAAUAUGAUCAAGUAGAAGAGGAGGAGGAGGAAGAUGAUGAAUUGAUAUCAGAGCUAACAGAGGAACAAGAGAGAAAAAAUCUGAUGCGUGACUGCUUUUCAUCUCUGGUAGACACUCUUACUAAGCAGAUAGGAUCAAGCAUCAGUGAGGUACAGAUGCUUGUCCAUGAGCUAAGACGCAUCACAGUUCUGUGGGAUGAACUUUGGCUUGGAACUUUGUCCCAACAUCACAGUGACAUGUCAAGAAAAUGUCACCAGUUAACAGCAGAAAUAGCUCGUCUCAAUAAUAAUUCAUCUCUUUCACAGGUUGAAAAACACCAACUUAUCAAGAAGAAGUAUGAUAUUAUAUUUAAACCAUUAUUGUUUGUUUUGGAUCAAUUAGCUGAUAUCACUUCAACUCCCCCAGAAACCCCUCAUGAAUGUCAUUUCCAUGACACAUAUGGACCACUAAUCUCUACAGCUCUCAGUAAUUUGAGAGAACCAGAGAGCUAUUUUGAUCCUCAGUCUGCUCUCUCAGGCUUACGACAGCUACACCAAAUGUUGCAGCAGAGAGCCCACCGCAGAUCCUCAGCCACACUCAAGAUGGUAGAAGUGUCCCCCAAACUGACCAGUCUGAGCAACACAUCAAUUGCUAUGCCUGGUGUUGUGUCUGCCUCCCAGCAAGUUGUGACAGUGGCUUCAGUUGAUGGUCAUAUUUCCAUACUCCCCACUAAAACAAAGCCCAAAAAGCUUAGCUUUCAGGGAUCUGAUGGCAAAAAAUAUACCUAUCUCUUUAAGGGACUUGAAGACUUGCACUUAGAUGAAAGAAUCAUGCAAUUCCUAGAGAUAGUGAAUACUAUGCUUGCUAAGAACCAGAGAGGCAAGAACUGUGUAUACCGUGCCCACUCCUAUUCUGUGGUACCUCUUGGCCCUCGCUCUGGCCUUAUUCAGUGGGUUGGGAGCGCCACCCCUCUUUUUGGUCUGUACAAGAGAUGGCAGCAGCGAGAAGCUCAUGCUGUGUUACUGAAGACUCACUCGUCAACCAUAUCAAUGCACCCUCAAGUUCCUCCUCAAGUUCCACGACCCUCUGAGCUUUAUUACAGCAAACUCACUCCUCGGCUGCGAGAAGCCAGCAUAAGUCUAGACAACCGCAAGGAGUGGCCAUUAGGCAUCAUGAGAGAUGUGCUGAAAGAACUCAUAAGAGAAACUCCAUCAAAUUUGUUAUCCAGAGAACUAUGGAUGUGUAGUGUGAGUGCUGGAAAUUGGUGGGACAUGACACAAACAUAUGCCACAUCAACAGCUGUAAUGUCUAUAGUUGGCUACAUAAUUGGUCUUGGAGACAGGCAUUUAGAUAAUGUUUUGGUCAAUCUGACUUCUGGAGAAGUAGUUCAUAUAGAUUAUAAUGUGUGCUUUGAAAAGGGAAAGAACCUUAGGGUUCCUGAAAAAGUCCCAUACAGAAUGACUCAGAAUAUUGAAGCUGCACUUGGAGUUACAGCAACUGAGGGCAUCUUCAGGAGUGCUUGUGAACAGGUGUUGCGCACUAUGCGCCGAGGAAGAGAGACUCUCUUAACUCUUUUGGAAGCCUUCAUUUAUGACCCACUAGUUGAUUGGACACCAGACAGUGAAUCAGGAUAUGCUGGUGCUGUGUAUGGUGGGGAUCAGGCACUGGUUUCUGGUGCAAGACAGAGUAGGCAACAGCUGGAGCGGGGUCUUACUCUUAGUAUGUUUGCAGUCAGGAUAGCAGAAAUGAAGGCUGAUUGGUUGGCAAAUAAAAUGGAAGUAUUGGAUGCCAUUCCUGAGGUUGAAUUACGUCUCAAAGAGUGGUUAAAGUCCCACGAGAUACUUGCUGGAGCGGAGGCCAAUUUGCAGGAUGGCCACCAUUUAAUGGCACUCCUUAAAGAAGCUGAAGCAAACCCUCAGCAUAGUCUCUAUGGCUUGCGUUCACGGUACGAGGAAUUUUCUAUGGUGAAGAAGUCAGUCAGUCAUGCCAAGGACUUGGCAAAUGCUCGUCUUGCAGAAAUAAAACAAUGGCAUGGCCUCUAUCUGACAUCUGCUCGUGUCUUUGAGAGUGGACAGACAGGAGAAUGGCGUGCUAAGGUCAGCACCAUAAAUUCUCUACAGAACAGUGUGGCACCAGUCACUGAAUUCCUUACAAAGGCAGGCCAAGGUCAACUAGCAACACAAUGUGAGCAAACAGAAGUUGACUUGGGAAGAGUAGUUAGCCAAGUACAAGGUGUUUUGACCAAUAGCUUGGACCUCCUCAUUAAAUAUGGAAGCGUGUGGGUGAACUAUCCAGCUGAGCAUCUAGCGACACACAGACUAUCCCAACAGUUAAUCUGGCUAGCAUCUCUUCUUCAGGAUUUUUCUUUGAAUAAUGUUCAAAUGUUGAUCACCAAAAGCCAUUCUGAAGCACCAGAUGCUGCUGCUGUGACCCAUGUGUGUAAUGUUGAUAUGGAGCUCCACAACAAAGCUCUUCAGAUUAGCUCACAGAGUCAGAAAGUCUAUGAGAGAAUGAGAGCUGAAGGUUUGAAUGACAGAGUUGUUGUGGUGAAUGCAGUCCAAGAAACAUCACUUGCCAUAUCAUCACUUAUAACAGACCAUGGAAUAUCAGGUGUUGCAGCCAUGACAUGCGCCCUCCUCAAUUCCCUCACGCAGCUCACUAGUGCCAGACUGCGGGCAGACAAAACGGCUGCAGGCACCGGAGAGGGUCUGGUGGAUCUGACAAUUGGUGGUUUGUGGUGGUUAAGAGAAAGUAUGGUAACUCUUGGAGGGAUGGUUGAAUUGGUGACCCUCUUGACCACUCAUUCACCACCAACGUAUCCUCAGGAAACACCUGUCAUACAAGCUAUAUCUGCUUUGCAUGAUGUAUUUGCUUCCCUUCAUGAGCUUGUCCUAAACACCAGUGGAAUCAUCAUUGUAGAAGGAGUCAGGCUUUUCUGGAGAGGGGAACCUUCUGUCGUGAGCCUUGCCACAGAACUUCAGUCUGUAGUAGCAAAUGCUCCCACUCCUCCAAGUGCUCUGUGUCAGCAGCUAACCACACAUCUCCGCCUCAUGAUACUUAUGAUGCCUCCUCGACAUGAAAAUGCCCUUCAAGAGGCAACAAUGCUUCACCAACAACUGAUAGAAGUAAUUAAAAGGAUUACUGCACGAGACAAUAAUAGUGGUGUUUCUGGUGGUGACAUGAAUCAGGGCCAGAUGCUACUGAUGGGUUUCCACUUGCUGUUUGAAAGUGUGGAGACACAACUAGACCAACUUAUGGAUGCUGUUAGCCAUGCCCCACUCCCUCAGCCUUGGCCAAGAGUAGACACAGCUAGAGAAGCUGCAGAGAUAAUGGCUCCCCUACAGGAUCCUGCAUUGUGCCAGGUACUACGAGCUGUACUUAGGGUUAAGAAGGUACAGACUAUAGUAGAUUUCUUCACCACAGCUUAUCAGACUUCCCCUGCAUUUAAGAAAAAUGAGCCAGCCAGCAACAGGGCCAGGAGUAAUCAGUGUGAUGAGGAACGACUACAGAAGAUUGUUCGGCGUUAUGCAAGUGACUGUGUUUCCCUCCUGCUACUUGGUCUUCCAUCUCAUUUAGCAACUCACCUCCUCCUUCUUCAUUGUCAGAAACUUGGUAUUAAUGUGACUGGAUACAUAGAGGCAAGAGAUGUUGGUACAGAAGGUCGAGUUAGUCUAGAAGGGAUUGUGCAAGAGGCAUUAGAGUGUUGCAUGACUCGACAUGCGUUAGACCCCGCCCUUCCUUCAUCUGCUGCCUCCACACUAACACAUCAUCUGAAUGCUGUUCGUAAGAAGCUGCUGCUUCGCCAUUGGGAAGGGGAGGCCGAAGGUCUGCGAACAACGCAUCAGAGAGUGACAGCCCAGCACCUUGCUCAUCAGUGGUGGUAUGAAGACAUCCUCAAGCAGCGUGUUGUAGCGCCCCCUGUUCAGCCAGCUCGAGGGUCUGUACUUAGUGAUUUAAGAGGUUGUGUUAGCAAGCUCCUUGCACUGCACCAGAAUGUUGCAGAACUAAGAGAAAAGUAUACAAACUUUACUGGAAAUGUUGAACAGCGUCUUAAGUGGGCAGCAGGCUCCAACCCAUCAAUAGCUAAAGCAUUAGAGGAAUUCAGUAAUGGUGUAGAGCUUGCCUUGAGUGGAGUAGGUGAGCUACUUCAAAAGAGUGAGGAGGUUGCCUCUCUCUGCAAUGCUGUGUUACACUAUGAAGCUCUUCGUACUCACACUGUUGAUGCCAUCUCCUGGGAUGCCAGUUUUACAUCUGUGCUGAAAAAUUGCCAAGACAGCUGCAUGUUACUGGAGCGUUAUCACUCCAGCAUCACCCCUCAAGAAGAAACACUGGUCUCUCUCUGCCCAUUACCUGCUGAUGUUAAUAGCAAGUGGAUUCAACAUGCUUCAGCUGCUGUCUCUGACCACAUAGAGCUUCUGACUAAGGUUGUUAGUGAUCAUGGUUCAGGACUAAGGAAAUCUGUAGAACUUGUGCGAUCAUCAGUUGUAGGAUUACGGAUUCAUCUCACAACACAUCAUAAAUUCAUGUCAGAUAUUAGAGCUCUUUUGAAGACUAUGGCAAAGUUUGAGGUGGAAGGGGGCAUAGUUGGAAUUGAGGACUACCUUUCAUUGUAUCGCACAUACUCUGAAACGAUAUCAGGAUUGAUAAGACAAAUGCUGCAUGACCUACUGACAGCUGAGAAAGUUACAGUAUACUUAGAGAAAUUGAGAGAAGUUACCUCUCAGACAGAAACUAUAUAUGAUUUGUUGGUAGAAUUUGGUACUCAGUGUGUUGUUGAGGAGACCAAUGAGGAGGGUGAGGCCCAAAAGGAGGGAAAUGGGGAGCCUCGCAGACCUCCACUUCUGCGACAGUCAAGUGUCAUAAUGUCCCCUGCUAGAACUUCAACCCCAGAUGCCAAACCCAAAGUCAAGAGGCACCCCUUGACAGGAAAAGUGGUUCAGGAGCACAAUGCCUAUGCCCUGAAUGUGUGGCGACGUGUUAAGGUGAAACUGGAAGGACGUGAUUUGGAUCCAGCAAGAAGGGCAACAGUUUCAGAACAGGUUGACUACACCAUCAAGGAAGCAACCAAUCUGGACAAUUUAGCCACACUUUAUGAAGGCUGGACUCCUUGGGUUUAGUGCUGAGGUAUGGACACAAAG